GCACAAGACAAUCCGCAUUUCUCGGUCUAUCAUGCUAGACACUUUCCAUAUGUGUGCGAUGAUUACUUACUGCUUCAUGGGUUUUCCUUUCCAGCUGACCAGAGUUUUAGUUCCUAGUUAUCUUCUGCGCUAAUAGAUAUUUUGCGAAAAGAAUCGACAACGGUUCAUGCGUAACGGAUUUGUGUAUCCAUACAAGAUGGACAUUAGCCACAUUGUCACUCCCGAAUAUCGCCUGGACUUCAUUUCCAAACUGCACAACAUCUGCACAUUCCAGGCAGUUUGCGCUGCGUUCAGCCUGUUGCUGCGCUUCGGCUCAGCUGUUCUAGUAGUCUCGUCAGAUUCAUCGGAUCCGGAAGACACCACACUGCACUACCUGCGCGCCCUCCUCAUCGGCGUGCUAGACGUGACACUGUUCAGCAAUGCGUUCUUCGGAGUGAGACUGAUCCGGAAACUGCUCAGCUGCCGUCAUCUGCCGAACAGUCGCGAGGAAAUCUUUCUGCAGUCGCGUCUCUUCGCCAGCAUCGGCGCCGUCAACGUCGUCUUGUGCAUCGCGCACGCCGUCGCCUGCGUCCUCAUCCUCAUUCCCGGAAUCAUCACCCUCCUCGCCUACUACCUGCAGGCGCACGCGCUCCUCAUGGAUCAGGUGACGUGGAUGCAGACCGUCUUCGGACGUCAGCAGCUGGAUGAUACGGAAAUCGCCAUAUCAAUGCUGUAUUCGCUUAUGGUGGCGGUGCUGUGUGGAAAGGCCGCUAAAAUUUGCCUGCGCAAUGCAGUCAUUUUAAGGGACUGUCAUGAUGGGGUUCUGGAUACUGAAGAAGCCAACCAAAGGGAAUUCAUCGUGGAUGGAAAAUACGCCAAAAGCCCACCACCCUACUCCGAACGCGAUCCGGCUUUGCAGCAGGGACUGGUGUAAAUGGCUCGUAACUGCGGUGACCGGAGAAGCUUAUGUCCAGAAAUCUCAACAGGAAAUGCGGAUGUGAUACGUACUGGGCAGGAUUAGUAGCAUGGAACGAUUCAGACAGAUGCCUACUUAUCGAGUUUAUGCGCUACAAUACUCAAAGUUAUAGUGAAUGAAUUCCGUUUGAAUUUUAAUGCAGACGCUGUGUACACUGGUUUACAUAACAUUAUAUUUUUGAUAACGAUUAAUUUCAUGAUGGGCAGACGUUGUAUUAUGUAUGCAAUACUUGCGUAAAAUUUGCAGUUUAUACUUAAUAUUAUAUAUGUGAAGCAGUUACAGUAUACUGUAACAUGCGUCCACGGUCCACUGUGUUAACUCUUUUUAAUUGUCUUUGCAUAAACGUGAUUGCUGACAACUUGGCACAAACGGCAAGGUCGACCAGGAAUGACCAGGGGCAGGAUCCACGCAUCUGCUGUGUUAUAGAGAAUUAAAGCAUAUUAUUCCAGUUUCCAGUUAAGACAAGCUACUUUGUGCGAGCGGAAGAAGCAAGGGGCAUGACAUUUUUCCGUUUGACACUCAACUAUAACAUUCAUGUUUUUCAAGUCCUGUUACGUACUACAUACAUAGUAUACACAGGCACAAAUACUUAGUAGUGUGGCGUAAGUGUAUAAACCGAUGU